GUCGUUUUCACUAAAGCAUCAGAACUUCUUUUUACUGCAACCAAAAACCAAGUGUACUUCGGAAAAAUAAAAGUGGUCAUACCUAAAUCUUGGAGUACACAGACGCACUACAAACAGCUCCCUGCGCUGUCUUCACUGGAAACCUACAUCAAUAUUGGCAACUGGAAAAUAAAAUCACCGCAUGUAAGGUCAAAAACAUUUCAAUGUGGGGAGGAGGGUUUGGUAAUGUAUCUACAACCUUCAUUCUUUCUGCAAACCGGCAGGACCAACUAUGGAAAUCAUGAAAAUGUUAUAGUUCAUGAAUGGGGCCAUCUUCGCUGGGGUUUAUUUGAUGAAUAUCCUACACGUAUUGGUAGAUCGACAGACGUUUUUUAUCAACACGAGGGUAAAUGGAAACCUGUCGGGUGUUCGCAUAAAGUGCGAGGUCGGAUUGGAAGAAAUACUAACUGCAACACAGAACACAAGAAAUGGUGUGACGCUGAUAAUUCAAUGAAAAAGAUGGAAAAUACUUGCUAUUUUUGUCCUUACACGGAUCAAGAUGUGAAGAUAAGUUUGAUGGGAUAUCAAUACAUUGACCAGAUGUCUAUGUUUUGCGAUAAAGACGAUGAAACUGUGCCAGAAGACGAGCGUCACAAUAGAGUAGCACCAAACGCUCAGAACAAAUUGUGUGAUGGGAAAAGUGCUUGGGAAGUAAUGAGGGAACACGAAGACUUUAAAAUGUCAAGUGAGGAAACACUAAUUGAACCAAACACAACACCAGAUUUUGAAUUUAUUCAAGAAAACAACAUUUAUAUGGUUUUUGUGUUAGAUGUCUCUGGAAGCAUGAUAAGCACAAUUGGAAUUCUAGCUCAAGCUGGGGAAUAUGUUAUACAAGAAAAAAUUCCUUUUGGAAGUAGCCUGGCAAUUGUUACAUUCAAUGAUGAUUCAAACAGAAGAUUGGAUAUGAAACAAGUGAACUCACAAGAGGACAAAGACGAAAUUGUAAAGGCUCUUCCUUUACUUACUGGUGGGGGUACUUGCAUUGGAUGUGGUAUUGAAGCAGCAAUACAAGUACUAACAGAAGAACUAGGGUCUGCUGAGAAUGGACAAAUUGUUCUAAUAACAGAUGGCAUGGACAAUAGUGGUAACCUUAGUAUGUCUAGAUCGAACGCAAUAGCUUCAAAAGUAAAAAUUAACACAAUAGCGGUAUCUCAGCAAGCUAUCCCACUACUUUCUGAUAUCGCAGAAGAAACGGGAGGAAAGCCUUACACCUAUUUAGAAAUAGAAACAAUCAGCUUUGCCGCUGUUUUUAAUGAAGCGAUAUCGGGAGGUACCUCUAUAACAACACUGGCAAGUCAACCUGCAAUG